ACCCCCCAUGACUACAUGCUGUCUCUGUACAGGACCCUGUCCGCCGCCGAGAGGAGUGGGGUGAACGGCAGUGGGCGGCAUCCCGCGGCCAACACGGUCACCAGCUUCGUGGAUAAGGGACAAGAUGAAGCUUUUCCUUAUGCGAGGAAACAGAAGUACAUCUUUAACAUCAGUGCCUUGGAGACGGAUGGCUUAUUGGGCGCAGAGCUCCGGAUUCUGAGGACACAGAUAACUGACCCAAGGAGAACUCAAACUCCGGGUAGUGUGUACAGUCUUAGAUUAUCCAACUGCCUUGCAGACAGACAGAAACUAGUGGUGAUAGACUCCCGCUCUGUUGACAUCCUAGACGGGCCGAAAUGGGAAGUGUUUAAUAUUUGGAAGCUCUUCAAAAACUACAGGAAGGAGCAGCAGUUGACUCAGCUGUGCUUUGAGCUGGAAGCCUUGGACAGGGGGAGGACAGUGGAUGUGCGAAGUUUGGGUUUUGGCAGAGCCGGGCGCCAACCCAAAGAGAAAGCUCUUCUGUUAGUGUCUGGUAGGACCAGAAAACGGGACCUGUUCUUCAAUGAAGUGAAAGCCAGGUCCGGGCAGGACGACAAGACUGUUUAUGAUUUCCUGUUCAACCAGAGGAGGAAGAGAAGAGCCCCCCACACGUCCCGCCCGGCCAAAGGCAAGAAACCCAAGCCAAGAUGCACAAGGCGACCUCUCCACGUGAACUUUAAGGAGAUGGGCUGGGACGACUGGAUCAUUGCCCCAUUAGACUACGAAGCUUACCAUUGUGAGGGUGUGUGCGAUUUCCCCCUGCGCUCCCAUCUCGAGCCUACAAACCACGCCAUUAUCCAGACCUUAAUGAAUUCCAUGGAUCCCGAGUCCACUCCACCAAGCUGCUGUGUCCCCACAAAACUGAGUCCCAUCAGUAUUUUAUACAUAGACUCUGCCAACAACGUGGUGUAUAAACAGUACGAGGACAUGGUCGUAGAGUCUUGUGGUUGCAGGUAGCACGAGGUCCUGAUGUAACGGGCACUCGGUGACAGAGCGAGCGUGGGGCUUGGACCAUCUUUGAGGGGGUUGUUGGAGAGGCAGUUUGGUUUUCUGGGGACGUCAUUCGCUAUCAAAGCAUGGCUGGUCACUGGUAGCGAGUUUUUUUUCUAAACGCGAAUAAUGGCUGGUAGCCAAAGGGAAUCACGGCACUAAUCAAGGCAAGUACCAGCCCU